GUCAUAUUCAGUUACACGAAACGCGUCUUCAAGAAUCAACGUGUAGAGAGGAAAUACUUGAAAUACAAAAACUAAAUAUGACUAAAAUAACUUUGUACGGUUUCGAACCAAGUCCUCCAGUGCGAGCGUGUCUACUAACAUUGAAGGCGUUACAGUUACCAUUUAAAUACGUUCACAUUGAUUUAAUGGCCGGUGGUCAAAUGUCGGAGGAUUUUCUAAAAAAGAAUCCUCAACACACUGUACCAACUCUAGAAGAUGGUGGCCACUUUAUUAGCGAUUCUCAUGCCAUCAUUACUUACUUGGUGAGCAAAUAUGCUAAAGACGAUUCGCUCUACCCCAAGGAUUUCCUUAAGCGCGCCUUGGUCGACCAACGUUUGCAUUUUGAAGGCGGUGUCGCUUACUAUUCACUGUACAACAUUUCUGCACCGCUGUGGCGGAGAAAUGAGAAUCAAGUGCCACGAGAAAAAAUUGAUGCAAUUGUUGAAACCUACAAUUUCUUGGAAAUUUUUCUCAAGGACUCUCCAUAUAUGGCCGGCAAUCAUUUAACAAUUGCCGAUUUCAGCAUUGUAGCGAUAGUUACUUCACUGCAACCCGUUCUGGAAAUCGAUACAUCGAAGUAUCCAAAACUAAUGGCAUGGCUAAAUCGCAUGGAAACCUUGCCAUAUUAUCACGAGGCAAAUGGUGUUGGUGCUCAGCAGUACAGUCAAUUGAUAAAAUCGAAAAAUAUUACAAUUAUAUGAGUGCCGAAAAACUGUACCAGAUUUAAUUUAUUAGGGCGUGAAAGAAAUACAAACAUUUCGCUAAAAGAUGACAAUGCACUGUGCAAAUCAAGAGGUGCUAAAGAAGAUGUUUAUCUUACAUUGCAUUGUGGCAAAUAACAACUCUUUCAAUUCUCUAUAAUUAUUUGAAACUGUAUAAUUUAGAAUAAAAAAAUAUAUAUUUAAUUUACAAAAAUACUAAUUUUGCAUUAAAAAAAUAAUAAAAAUACCUUUGACAACUUGUUUUAAAUAUUGUAGAAUAUAAUUCAUGAUGAAAUUACCGUUUCCAAUAAAACAGCAAAUGUCGUUACCACCAAAA